AUGUUAGAGAAACCGGCUCUGGAAGUUGAUUCUGUUCGACAGAAGAAACUAGAGAAUGAUGCUCAAAGUGAAACGCUGUUUCCAUGUAAUCGAUGCGGGCGGGAGCAUCGACGGAAGAUGUGCCCAGCGUUCAACAGAAAGUGUUUAAAGUGCGGAAAGAAGGGGCAUUUCGCAGAAAAGUGUUUUGGUAGUGGUGCUUCCAGUUUCAUACGCAGAGAAGGGAAUACGCGAUAUGUGAAAACAUUGGAAGUGGAUGAUGAAGAAGAACUGUCAGUGGAAGAAUUGUACAUCGCUGCAAUCGAUGACGAUGACGAACACAGUGAUGAAGUGUGGUACGAAACGGUGAAGAUAAAUGGGAAGAGCAUCACAUUGAAACUUGACAGCGGUGCUGCAUGCAACGUGCUACCGUGGGAUAUUUUUCGUACACUGGGUGAAAGUCUGAAGCAGUCGAAAACGAAGAGACUCAUAUCAUACACAAACCACAAGGUGAAUGUGAAAGGUGAAGUUGAACUACCAGUGAUGGUGAGGGGCCGUCGAGAGAGUGCAACAUUUAAAAUAGUUGAUGGGGAUGUCAUACCUAUCCUUGGGAGAAAAACAAGUGUUCGUUUUAACCUGAUUGCGCGACUGGACGAGGUGAAUAUGGAAAGCUCCCUGUUUAGUGGUCUCGGUUGUGUUAAAGGAUUUAUCUACGAUAUCGAUUUAGUAGAGAAUCCGGCAUUCCAAAAUGACCCACCAAGAAGAAUACCACACGCGUUACGUGCGACCGUUAAGGAGGAAUUGGAUUUGAUGCUGAAAAUGGGCGUCAUCGAACCAAUUGCAGAACCGACACCAGUUCUCAAUGCUAUGGUAAUAGUACGACAAAAAGCAUCGGAUGUUGUUCUCAAGCCUCGUAUAGUCAACUGUGUUCCGGAAAAUCUGAAGGAUGAACGGCUACAGCAGAAGAAAUACGCCGAUAGAGGAGCGGUAAAGCCACCGGAAUACGAUGAAAAGCAAGCCGUCAUGCUACAAGAUACGAAGACCAAGCUUUGGGAAAGAGGAAGAAUAACUAAGGAACUGGAGCAACCUAGAUCAUACAUGGUACAGUUGAGAAACGGGAAUAUUAUUCGAAGAAAUGUUCGGGACAUCAAACAAAGGACGGUUUCUGCCUACGAAGAACCCGUUGGUAAGUCUCUAUCAAGCCAACCUUCGCUUGCCGACAACAUUUAUCAAGAUCAUCAAGUUACGGAUGAAGAAGUUUCCCGAAGUCAUCAGCAACCUGAACAAAGUUUCACGCAACCCAUCAGUCCCACGAGAACAAGAAGCGGAAGGGUGGUUCGUGCUAAUCGUGAUACCGAUUUCGAUUAUUACUAGAUUGUUUGAAGGGGAGAUGUAAGGGAAGUUGCUUAAAAUUACUUAAACGUGUAUUAUUAUAAACCACCUUUUAUAUGUAUCUUGCAUACUCUGACACACCAACAAGAUUGUUACAAACUGAAUAAAGACAUUCUGU